CUGAUCCCGGGCGCCCAGCAGGAGGGAAGUGCUGGGGAGGAGGAGGCAGCUCGGGCGGCUGGGAGUGGGAGCCGGAGAGAGUAGGGAAGAGGGAGAGGGAGAGAGGCUAGUUACAAGAGCACCAGGGCGGGAAGCGCGUGUCAGCGGUGCCUCGCCAAGAGCCAACUAGCGAGGAAACUGGAUCUUCCCUAGACACCGAGAGGUUCCCUACCUGGGCUGGAACCUUGCCCUGCACAGGACUGCUGCUACACCUCAUGUGAAAAGCAGGAAAUAAGAUGAAGAUUUUUCAUUGCAAGAUGCAGUACUGGCUGUUUCCAGCUUUUCUGGCAAUUACUUACUUUUGCAUCACUGUCCAGGGUCAAGUGGCUCCACCCACAAGGUUAAGAUAUAAUGUAUUAUCUCAUGAUAGCAUCCAGAUUUCAUGGAAGGCUCCAAGAGGGAAAUUUGGUGGAUACAAACUUCUUGUGACUCCAGCUGGAGGUGGAAAAACCAAUCAAUUGAAUCUCCAGAACACUGCGACAAAGGCAAUUAUUCAAGGUCUUAUGCCAGACCAGAACUACACAGUUCAAAUUAUCGCAUAUAACAAAGACAAAGAAAGCAAGCCAGCCCAAGGUCAAUUCAGAAUUAAAGAUUUAGAAAAAAGAAAGGAACCAAAACCCAGAGUCAAGGUUGUGGACAAAGGAGAUGGGAAUAAACCAUCUGCACCAGAAGAAGAAGUGAAAUUCUUCUGUCAAACUCCAGCAAUUGCUGAUAUUGUAAUCCUGGUUGAUGGCUCGUGGAGUAUUGGAAGAUUCAACUUCAGACUGGUUCGGUCUUUUUUGGAAAACCUGGUUACAGCAUUCAAUGUGGGCUCAGAGAAGACACGAAUUGGUCUUGCACAGUAUAGCGGUGAUCCAAGAAUAGAAUGGCACCUGAAUGCCUUUAAAACAAAAGAUGAGGUGAUCGAAGCCAUCCGAAAUCUACCAUACAAGGGAGGAAAUACACUAACAGGUCUUGCUUUGAACUACAUUUUUGAAAAUAGCUUUAAACCAGAAGCAGGAGCAAGGACUGGAGUGUCCAAAAUUGGCAUUUUAAUCACAGAUGGAAAGUCCCAAGAUGAUAUUAUUCCACCAUCCAGAAACCUUCGUGAAUCUGGUGUGGAACUGUUUGCUAUAGGGGUGAAAAACGCAGAUGAGAAUGAACUGCAGGAGAUUGCCUCCGAACCGGACAGCAUGCACGUGUACAACGUUGCCGAAUUUGACCUGAUGCACACAGUUGUGGAGAGCCUGACAAGGACUGUCUGCUCCAGGGUGGAAGAACAGGACAAAGAGAUCAAAGCCUCAGCCCUUGCCACCGUUGGGCCACCUACAGAGUUGAUUACUUCUGAAGUCACUGCCAGAAGCUUUAUGGUUAAUUGGACUCAUGCCCCAGGAAAAGUGGAAAAAUACAGAGUCGUGUAUUAUCCUGCCAGGGGUGGAAAACCAGAAGAGGUGGUGGUGGAUGGAAGCGUGUCCUCCACGGUGUUGAAGAACCUGAUGUCUUUAACUGAAUAUCAGAUAGCAGUCUUUGCAAUAUACGCUCACACUGCUAGUGAAGGCCUGCGGGGAACCGAAACCACACUUUCUUUACCUAUAGUUUCCGACCUUGAACUGUACGAUGUGACUGAGAACAGUCUGAGAGCAAGAUGGAAUGCAGUGGCUGGGGCGUCCGGGUACCUGAUCCUUUAUGCUCCUCUCACAGAAGGUCUGGCUGGGGAUGAAAAAGAGAUGAAAAUUGGAGAGACCCACACAGAUAUUGAACUGAGUGGGUUGUUGCCCAACACGGAAUACACAGUCACAGUUUACGCUAUGUUUGGAGAAGAGGCCAGCGAUCCCGUUACAGGACAAGAAACAACAUUGCCCUUAAGUCCACCAAGAAACCUGAGAAUCUCCAACGUUGGCUCUAACAGUGCUCGCUUAGCCUGGGAUCCAGCUUCCAGCAGAAUCAAUGGUUAUCGAAUUGUAUAUAACAACGCAGAUGGGACUGAAAUCAAUGAGGUUGAAGUCGAUCCUGUCACUACAUUCCCUCUGAAGGGCUUGACGCCCCUCACGGAGUAUACUGUUGCCAUUUUCUCCAUCUAUGAUGAAGGGCAGUCCGAGCCUCUGACUGGGAUUUUUACCACAGAGGAAGUGCCAGCCCAGCAAUACUUGGAAAUUGAUGAGGUGACGACAGACAGUUUUAGAGUGUCCUGGCAUCCCCUCUCGGCUGAUGAAGGGCAACACAAGUUGAUGUGGAUUCCAGUCUAUGGUGGGAAUACUGAAGAGGUUGUCCUAAGUGAAGAUCAAGACUCAUAUGUUAUUGAAGGUCUGGAACCUGGCACUGAAUAUGAAGUUUCACUGUUGGCUGUACUGGAUGAUGGAAGCGAGAGUGAGGUGGUGACUGCUGUUGGGACCACACUUGACGAUGUUUGGACGGAACCAGCUACAACUAUAGCACCUACAAGACCUGUGACAUCAGUUUUCCGCACAGGAAUCAGAAACCUGGUUAUAGAUGAUGAAACCACUUCUAGCCUGCGGGUAAAAUGGGACAUUUCAGACGGCAGUGUACAGCAGUUCAGGGUGACCUACCUGACUGCUCAAGGGGACCCUGCGGAAGAAGUGGUAGGAACGGUUAUGGUGCCUGGAAGCCAGAACGAUCUCUUUCUGAAGAAUCUGCUUUCCGAUACUGAAUACAAAGUCACAGUGACUCCCAUCUACGAUGACGGAGAAGGGGUCAGUGUCUCUGUCCCUGGAAAAACCUUGCCACCCUUUGGUCCCCAAAACUUGCGGGUUUCAGAAGAAUGGUAUAACAGAUUGCGCAUUACAUGGGAUCCCCCAUCUUCCCCUGUAAAGGGUUAUAGGAUUGUCUACAAACCUGUCAGUGUCGCUGGCCCAACACUGGAAACGUUUGUGGGAGCCAACAUCAACACCAUCCUUAUCACAAACCUCCUCAGUGGAAUGGACUACAACGUGAAAAUAUUUGCUUCCCAGGCUUCGGGUUUCAGCGAUGCUCUGACCGGCGUGGUGAAAACAUUGUUUUUGGGGGUGACCGAUCUUCAGGCAGACCAGAUCCGAAUGACCAGCUUGUGUGCUCGGUGGCAGGUGCAGCGUCACGCCACUGCCUACAGGAUAGUCCUAGAAUCCCGCCAGGAUACACAAAAGCAAGAAUCCACUGUGGGUGGAGGGACAACAAGGCAUUGCUUCUAUGGACUUCAGCCUGAUUCAGAGUAUAAAAUCAGUGUUUACACAAGGCUCCAGGAGAUUGAGGGACCCGGUGUGAGCAUAAUGGAAAAAACACAAUCACCUCCUACUCCACCACCUACUUUUCCUCCAACUAUUCCACCAGCAAAAGAAGUAUGCAAAGCUGCCAAAGCCGACCUGGUGUUUAUGGUGGAUGGAUCCUGGAGUAUUGGAGAUGAAAAUUUCAAUAAGAUCAUUAACUUUCUGUAUAGCACUGUUGGAGCUCUGGACAAGAUCGGUGCAGAUGGAACUCAAGUUGCAAUGGUUCAGUUCACUGAUGACCCCAGGACAGAAUUUAAACUAAACUCUUACAAAACCAAAGAGACUCUUCUUGAUGCAAUUAAACAUAUCUCAUACAAAGGAGGAAAUACAAAAACAGGAAAAGCAAUUAAACAUGUACGAGACACCUUGUUUACUGCAGAGGCAGGAAUCAGAAGAGGCAUCCCAAAGGUCAUCGUGGUUAUAACUGAUGGGAGGUCACAAGAUGAUGUGACCAAAAUCUCCAGGGAGAUGCAGUCAGAUGGCUACAGCAUUUUUGCAGUCGGUGUGGCUGAUGCCGAUUACUCGGAGUUGGUUAGCAUUGGCAGUAAGCCCAGUGCCCGGCACGUCUUCUUUGUGGAUGACUUCGACGCCUUUAAGAAAAUUGAAGAUGAGUUGAUUACUUUUGUCUGCGAAACCGCAUCAGCAACCUGCCCACUGGUGCAUAAGGAUGGCAUGGAUCUUGCAGGAUUUAAGAUGAUGGAAAUGUUUGGUUUGGUUGAAAAGGAUUUUUCAUCAGUGAACGGGGUUUCUAUGGAGCCUGGUACCUUCAAUGUGUAUCCUUGUUACCAACUUCACAAAGAUGCCCUGGUUUCCCAGCCAACCAAAUAUUUACAUCCAGAAGGAUUGCCCUCUGACUACACGAUCAGUUUUCUUUUCCGGAUUCUUCCUGACACUCCAGAGGAACCAUUUGCUCUUUGGGAGAUUUUAAAUAAAAAUUCUGAUCCAUUGGUUGGAGUCAUUUUAGAUAAUGGUGGGAAAACUCUAACAUAUUUCAACUAUGACUACAGUGGGGAUUUUCAAACUGUUACUUUUGAAGGACCUGAAAUUAGGAAAAUUUUCUAUGGAAGCUUUCACAAGCUACACAUUGUUGUCAGCAAGACUUUGGCCAAAGUGGUAAUUGACUGCAAGCAAGUUGGUGAGAAGGCAAUAAAUGCAUCAUCUAAUAUCACAUCGGAUGGUGUAGAAGUCCUAGGAAGAAUGGUUAGAUCAAGAGGACCAAAUGGAAACUCGGCACCAUUCCAGUUACAGAUGUUCGAUAUUGUUUGUUCCACAUCAUGGGCCAAUAAAGACAAAUGCUGUGAACUUCCCGGCUUGAGGGAUGAGGAGACCUGCCCAGACCUUCCACAUUCCUGCUCCUGUUCUGAAAUCAACAAAGGGGCUCUGGGACCAGCAGGCCCACCAGGUGGUCCAGGACUACGAGGACCAAAGGGCCAACGUGGUGAACAAGGUCCAAAGGGACCAGAUGGCCCUCGGGGUGAAACAGGCCCUCCAGGACCGCAGGGUCCCCCUGGACCCCAAGGACCAAGUGGUCUGUCCAUUCAAGGAAUGCCUGGAAUGUCAGGUGAAAAAGGAGAGAAAGGAGAAACCGGUCCUCCUGGCCCACAGGGUAUCCCGGGAAGUGUUGGUUCACCAGGACGUGAUGGCUCACCAGGCCAGAGGGGCUUUCCUGGAAAGGAUGGAUCCUCUGGCCCUCCAGGACCACCAGGGCCAAUUGGCAUUCCUGGAGCCCCUGGAGUCCCAGGGAUCACAGGGAGCAUGGGACCCCAAGGCGCCCUCGGACCACCUGGUGUCCCUGGAGCAAAGGGAGAGAGAGGAGAAAGAGGUGACCUACAAUCUCAAGCCAUGGUAAGAGCAGUGGCACGUCAGGUGUGCGAACAGCUCAUCCAAAGUCACAUGGCCAGGUACACAGCCAUCCUCAACCAGAUUCCCAGCCACUCCUCAUCAAUCCGGACCAUCCAAGGGCCUCCUGGGGAGCCUGGGAGACCAGGCUCACCUGGAACCCCCGGUGAGCAAGGACCCCCAGGUGCUCCAGGCUUCCCGGGAAAUGCAGGUGUGCCAGGGACCCCAGGAGAACGAGGUUUAACUGGUGUGAAGGGAGAAAAAGGAAAUCCAGGCAUUGGAACUCAAGGUCCAAGAGGUCCCCCUGGGCCAGCAGGACCUUCAGGAGAGAGUCGACCAGGAAGCCCUGGGCCUCCUGGCUCUCCUGGACCAAGGGGUCCACCAGGUCACUUGGGGGUGCCUGGGCCACAAGGUCCUUCCGGCCAGCCUGGAUACUGCGACCCCUCUUCAUGUUCUGCCUACGGCGUGGGAGUUUCUCAUCCUGAUCAGCCAGAAUUCACCCCUGUUCAAGACGAGCUGGAAGCCAUGGAACUGUGGGGCUCCGGGAUCUGAUAGUCUCAGGAGAACUUGGAAGACCAACCACAAAAGCUCUUAAGGCAACUUAGUCAAGAAGAAUGUCGUUGUGUGGUUUGUAUGCUGCCUUUUGGGGGCUCGUUUCACCAGCCUACAUCUCCUCCUUGGAUGUGUUGUAUAUUGUUAUUAUCAACAAAAAAUUAUAUUUUUAAAAAAUCCCCUUCAUCCAUGACACCGUAGGAUUGAUUUCUCUUUGUUGUUUUAAUGGCGCACUCAACAAAAAAUUGGCAAAAAAGUUUGAGCUCUGGAAUCUUUUCUGUGUUAGAUGAUCUCAAGUCCUCAGAAGCAACAAGACAGGUGUGGCUGUGUUUGAGGGAAAUACAGUCCCAGCAGAACAGGAAUUCAAAGGAAUUCAAUGACUAUGCCAUUUAUCCCUGUCCCCUGUACGAAUGACCUUGCUGAACAGAAAAAAAGGAACAUGAUCAGAGAAACUACCUCUUGCUUAGUUGAUAUGUCCAACUCUGAGAUCACUUGGUAACUAGCUCCACUGGUAUCCAGGAAUAUGUGCUAGAAUAUGACCUUUCUGAAUUCGGUGAUUGUAAAAGUAGAUUUUUGUUUGACAUGUAAAAUAAUGACUUUCCACUGAUUCUGACGCAAAGAGAUCCAGUUUUGAUGAACAGUCCAUCCCACAGUACGUUCCAGAGCUUUCCCUCCUUAACCACAUGGAUUACUUUGUACAUGCAGAUAUGUGUUUGCAAACCUAUUUCCAUUCUUUUUUUAUAAGCAAAUAAAAAUUUAAAACAAUAUA